CUCUUCCUCCCUCCCCCACCGCGGAAGCACAAGUCAAAUAAUCACUCGGGACCGAAACCUCACAGUCCAACGCCGCCAUUUCCCACCCGCCUCCUCCUCCUCCUCCUCCCAGCCGCCGCCCGCCGCCGCCUCUGCGCUAAGUCCAAGGGCUGCGCUCGUGCACGGGAACCCUCGGGGCCGCUGACGACUCGCUGGAUCUGCUUGCUUGAGUAGCGGUGGGCUGGAGCUACCUGUCUGCCUGCGCGCGCUGCGAGGGUCGCGGUAACUUCUUCUGCGGUCUCGGAUUGUGUCGGAUUCGAGUUUCCCGGGGGACUGCUCCACGGGCCUGGACGGUGGAUUAGGCUGCGGUUGAUCAGGAUAUGAUGGCAGCUGUUUAAGGUUGGUGAAAUGUCUGUGUGGAUAUCAUAAGUGCAAACGUAUUUAUUGAACUGACAACGGCGAGGCAGACAUAUUUUGAGAAUAUAAGUAAUGGGUUGUUCUCCUUUCUUCUGCUAUAAAAGUGGGGCAACACGCCAGCAAAUUUCUACUCAUACUGAAGACCUCCCUGGUGAUAUUAAUACAAUAAGAUACACUUAUAGGGAGCUAGCAAGGGCAACAGAAAAUUUUAACCCAUCCAACAAGAUUGGUGAGGGUGGUUUUGGAUCGGUAUAUAAGGGGCGGCUAAGGAAUGGAAAACUUAUUGCUGUCAAGGUGUUAUCUGUAGAAUCAAGACAAGGACUAAAGGAGUUUCUGAAUGAACUGAUGUCAAUUUCCAACAUAUCUCAUGGCAAUCUUGUCAGCCUUUAUGGCUAUUGUGUGGAAGGAAACCAGAGGAUCCUUGUCUACAAUUACCUUGAGAAUAAUAGCCUUGCACAAACACUUCUAGGUUCUGGCCGCAGCAAUAUCCAGUUCAAUUGGAGAAGUAGAGUAAAUAUUUGCCUUGGUAUCGCCCGAGGAUUAGCAUACCUCCAUGAUGAUGUCAAUCCCCACAUUGUUCAUCGGGAUAUCAAAGCAAGCAAUAUACUUCUUGAUAAGGAUCUCACCCCCAAAAUUUCUGAUUUCGGUUUAGCAAAGCUUCUACCUCCAAAUGCGUCACAUAUUAGCACACGGGUUGCAGGAACAUUAGGUUACUUGGCUCCUGAGUAUGCCAUUCGAGGACAAGUGACACGGAAGUCAGAUGUUUAUAGUUUUGGUGUUUUGCUUCUUGAAAUAGUCAGUGGGAGAUCCAACACCAGUUCAAGAUUACCCUAUGAAGACCAGAUACUUCUGGAAAAGUUCCCAGAGGUUACCAAUGGGGUUCUCCUCUUGCAGACAUGGAUGUAUUAUGAGCAGGGAGAUUUGGCGAAAAUCAUAGACAGUUCUGCGGGUGAUGAUAUGGAUAUUGAACAAGCCUGCAGGUUCCUGAAAGUUGGACUUCUCUGUACACAAGAUGUCACAAGACAUCGACCCACUAUGUCAACUGUCGUCAGCAUGCUAACAGGCGAAAAGGAUGUUGACUCGGAGAAGAUCAGCAAGCCCGCUACAAUUAGCGACUUUAUGGACCUUAAGAUCAGGAGCAUGAGGAGAGAAAAUAACAUUGCAUUCGCUUCAUCCUCCACGUUGCUAUCCACUAUCAUGGCACACUCUUCUCCUUUGUUGUCGCAAGAGACGACACAAGCCUCCAUCACAUUCACCGCAAUAUCAGAGCGUGAGUGACCUGAAGUUGGUUGCAAAUAUGAAGACCAUGUAGAGAAGUAGCAUAGCCAGAUACCCUUUUUCUUCAGAAGUUUUCUUCGUAGUGUAUAGAUUCACUUUGUUUAUAGUGUACACAGCAUUGCUGGGACAAAGAAGUUUCAUGAGUUUUACUUUGUGCGUACAAUACUAGAUUGGUGGCGCAAUGCCAUUGUAUAUGUGUGCAUGUACAUCCUGUCCGUUGUUUGUUUGGUGGAAAGAAAAUACAAGUUUGAGAUCCUGCGAGUA